GAACGACUGUGGCGCCUGGUACAGCUCUUAUCUAGCUUCACAGAACCUCCACUGGUGUCUCGGGUCCCUCUGUCAGACAGCGACAGAAGCCAGCAAAGCAUGAACACUGAACGUGACGUGAUGAAUACGGCCACUGGUGGCGCUGCGGAUCUCUCACCGAUCGGGAGCCAGGCGGGGACACGACAUCUGCUCGCCUCAUCCUCACUGACUCGCCGGGGAGACGGUGCCGAUAAAACCGCUGCCAGACCGAAAAGCUAUCGCCCUGCAAGCUUUGCAGCCAAACUCGGAGCGAAAAAUCACAGAGUGUCCGUGCCUCUCAGUGCGGUUCAUCGCGGAAAGGCGGAAGCCAAUCCGGCAGCUGUUCAGCCGGAUGGUGCUGAAACGAACGCGGCUGAACCUCCCAGGGCCGUGCCGGUGUCUGAAACCGAGAAGAGAAUCCACCAUCCUCCGGAUUCUCGCCGAUACCUUCGCCUGCCCUGUCUUAGAGGCUCCGAGAGGAACCGGGAACCAGACGGAUCGAGCCGGGUCUUGAGGGGAAGAGGGGCGAGGGACGACGAGGAAGAAGAGGAGGAGGCCACAGCGGGCUGUAGUGCAAGUCCGUGUGGGGGAAACGCCGGAGUGUGUGGCCAGACCGAACUCCUGUACUUACGCAAAAUACUCAAGAGACGCAGAAAAAUGCAAACGAACUCAACACCGGAACCGGCCGCGGAGGACUCAAACGCCGAACCCGGAACUGAGCAGGAGAGGGCCCUUCGUGAUGAGAUCGAGAGACUGGAGGAUGAAAAUGAGGAUCUUAAGUGUGAGAUCGAUGAGAUGCGGGCGGAAAUGGAUGAAAUGCGCGAUACGUUCUACGAGGAGGACACACACCAGCUGCAGGAAAUGCGGAGAGAGCUCGAGAGAGCGAACAAGAGCUGCCGAAUCCUCCAAUACCGCCUUCGAAAGGCCGAAAGGAAACGGGCACGAUUUGCACAGAGUGGGGAGGUGGACGAUGAAGUGCUUCGGAACCUUGAGCAGGAACUUAAGGUGGCGAAGGACGUGUCUGUGCGUCUGCAUCACGAGCUGGAGAAGGUGGAGGAGAAGCGCACUAAGACGGAGGAGGAGAACGACACCCUGCGAGAGAAACUCAUCGCGCUGGAGGUGACCAAACAGGCCCUGCAGAGUGAGGUGGAGAAGCACAAAGUGCCACAGAAGAGAAGAGGCAGUAAAGAGAAGUCUGAGAGGAGAACCACACCCACUGAGGACGACGACAGCGACGACCUGCGCUGCCAGCUGGCCUUCCUGAACGAGGAAGGGGAGCUGCUGAGGAAGAGGAUGGUGGGCGUGGAGAAGGAGCGCGAGGCGGCCGAGCAGCAGCUGCACCAGUACCGCACGCUCUACGGCGAGCUGCCCCCCAGCCACCCGCCGCACACCCCGCUCCACCCCAAGGGCGAAGCCGCCGGACCGCCCAGCACCCGCGAGGCCGAGCUCAAGCUCCGCCUGCGCCUGGUGGAGGAGGAGGCCGACGCGCUGAGCAGGAAGAUAGUGGAGCUGGAGGUGGAGAACCGCGGGCUGCGGGCCGAGCUCAGCGACCUCCGGGGUGACGAGGCGUCCGGAGGGGGAGGGGGCGUGGGCCGGCCGCAGGGGCCAGGGCUGUCCGAGCUCCGGGAGCAGCUGCUGCUGCUGGAGGAGGAGGCAGAACUGCUGCGGCGGAACCUGUCGGAGGCCGAGGAGCGCAACGAGCGGAUGACCGCCGAGCUGCAGACGCUGCGCUGCAGGGACGCGGGCGGCCUGGGGGGGCCCGGCAGCGGCGCGGAGUCGGUCCAGGAAGAGCUGCGCGCGGCCCGCCGUCAGGUCAACGCUCUGGCCGGCAAGGUCCUGCAGCUGCAGACGGAGAAGCGGCGGCUCAUGAGCGACCCGCUGCUGGCGGCCUCCACCUCUGACCUCUCGGUGAGCUCGCGCGACAGUCCCACGCCCGGCGAGGUCGAGACGCACCCGUCCUCACGCCAGAGGGAGGGACCCGUGGGCGGCGAGAGUGACCCAGACGAGGUGUUGAUGACCGGGGGCUCUUCCUGGUCCCAGUUUCUCAUUGAUUCCCGGCCAUCCUCCUCCCUGGGUCGUAGCGGUGGUGUCCGGCAGCCCCUGAUUGGCUGCCAACAGAUGGUGGACAUCCGCCAGGAGGCCGAGCGAUUGGGCGGCACCAUCGAGCGGCUCAUCAGCGACACCAGCUCCAUCAUCACCGACGCCCACACUGGCGCGUCCUCCUCCUCCUCCUCCUCCUCGUCCGUCGUGAACGGCAGUCUGAUGGCGCAGGACGAGCUGCCAGCGGAGGCGGGCAGUGGGAGUGGGCGGGAGCAGGAGCUGCUGCAGCGAAUCAACGGCCAGAUGAAGGGCUUCCGGAGAGAUCUGCAGGGCUUCAUCCAACGCCUGGAGCCGCCCAGGGGACAGGGCCGCGACCCCGAGGAAACGUCUGUGAGUAUGUUUCAGCCCAUCAUUUUGCUCAUCCUGAUGCUAGUGCUCUUCUCAUCCCUCUCUUAUGCCACAAUCUUCAAACUCGUCUUCCUCUUCACCCUCUUCUUCGUUCUCUAGUCUCAGAGAGCUCACUCUCUUUAUUAUUUCGCAUUGCUAUACAUUUCAUUCAUCCAUGUUAUUGUUGUUGUUAUUUUGUUUUGUUUUAAAACUGUCAUGGUCACACAAGUACAGAAGACCCAUCCCCAGGCUUUACUCAUGCAUCCCAGUUCCAGACUACAUUUCCCAGAAUUCAAGCUGGCCAGUGAGCUCUGUCCAUACCCCCAGUCUGUUUUGACAGUAAAAGCGCCAACGGCUUACGACACCAAGACCCCUAUAACACACACACAAACACACAGGCACUCACACACAUACACACACACUCGCACUCACACACACAAAUCUGUAAGCCACACAUUACUGAAUCGAGCUGAGCUCAAGAGGCAUUGAGGAAAUAACUGCCUAAACACACACAUACAUACAGAAUUCUUCUCUCACACACACACAUCCUCCCUCAUACACACACAGACACACACACACACACACACACAUACCAGAAUG